GUCAAGGCCUAGUAAAUAUUCCUGAAUUCCUGAAGGGGUGAAGAAAGGAAAAGAGCAGGCGGGGGUCUAAACCAGAGCACGAACCCUCAGAGUAUGGCAGCUCCAGGCUCCGGGGGACAGUCCUUUAACCAUCCAUCCCAAAAUUAAGUACGCUGGGAGCUGGAGUCACAGCAGUGAACAAACGAACAAUGGUUCUGGUUCCUACUGACUGACAGCAGAGUCAAGGGCCUCUCACUCUCCCGGGAGCCCCUUUCCUUCCUGGCUGCGGAGGGCGGAGCCCGAGAGAGACACGCAUGAGCAAUGCAACGUCUGCCUUGGGCCCGGAACUUUGGUGCCUGGGCACAGCGGCGCACCCGGACCCGGAACAUUCUCAGGCGAAAGUGUGUCUUGCGUGCGUGGGCCGGAAGUUGGUGUGCGGGGCCCGCCCGGCGGUUGACAAGUCCGAGAGAAUCAGGAUGGAGGCCGUGGCGACUGCGGCGACAGCGAAGGAACCCGAUAAGGGCUGCACAGAGCCCGGACCUGGGCACUGGGGUGAGCUGAGCCAGACACCUGUCCCAUCUAAACCCCAGGACAAAGUGGAAGCAGCUGAGGCAACACCAGUGGCCCUGGACAGUGACACCUCCGGGGCUGAAAAUGCAGCGGUGAGUGCCAUGCUACACGCUGUAGCUGCCAGCCGCCUGCCUGUUUGCAGCCAGCAGCAGGGUGAACCUGAUCUGACAGAGCGUGAGAAAGUGGCCAUCCUGGCCCAGCUGUACCACGAGAAGCCACUGGUGUUCCUGGAGCGCUUCCGCACAGGCCUCCGUGAGGAGCACCUGGCCUGCUUUGGCCACGUGCGUGGCGACCACCGUGCAGACUUCUACUGUGCUGAGGUGGCCCGGCAGGGCACUGCCCGGCCCCGCACCCUGCGUACCCGCCUGCGUAACCGGCGCUAUGCUGCCCUGCGAGAGCUGAUCCAAGGGGGCGAGUACUUCAGUGAUGAGCAGAUGCGGUUCCGGGCCCCCCUGCUAUAUGAGCAGUACAUCGGGCAGUACCUCACCCAGGAGGAGCUCAGUGCCCGCACCCCAACCCACCAGCCCCCUAAGCCCGGGUCCCCCGGGAGACCUGCCUGCCCACUCUCCAACUUGCUGCUUCAGUCCUACGAGGAGCGGGAGCUGCAGCAGCGUCUGCUCCAACAGCAGGAGGAGGAGGAGGCCUGCGUGGAGGAAGAAGAGGAGGAGGAGGACAGUGAUGAGGAAGACCAGAGGCCAGGCAAGGACUCGGAGGCCUGGGUCCCCGACUCAGAGGAGAGGCUGAUCCUGCGAGAGGAGUUCACCAGCCGCAUGCACCAGCGCUUCCUAGACGGCAAGGAUGGGGACUUUGACUACAGCACAGUAGACGACAACCCCGAUUUUGACAACCUGGACAUCGUGGCACGGGAUGAGGAGGAGAGGUACUUCGAUGAGGAAGAACCUGAGGACGCGCCCAGCCCAGAGCUGGAUGGGGACUGAUGGCUGCCACCCUUCCCACUGCCUGCCCCAUGCCUGACCCCAGCAAGGCAGCUGAUUCCAGGCCGGUUCAGUGACCCUUUCUCUAGGGGGACACCAGGGCAGCGCCCCACAAUCCACGCACACCACCAUCUCACUGGGUCUAGUCUUAUCUCAGACAACCCCCACCCCUUCUGUUUCUGGGGUUCCCUAUCUUUCUCCUGUCUCCCACCCUGUCUCCUGCCUCUGUCUGUCUUGGUGUCUGUCUGGCCUUCUUUCUGUCUCUUUCUGUCUCUCUCCCUACCCCUGCUCCCUCUUCCCAGUGCUCUGGCUGGCUGUCUCUCCCUUUCUCCCCUUCUCUCUCUGCCUUAGGCUCUGUCUCCACUGCAGGGCCCAAGGUGAAAGUCCUCCCCUUGCCGGAGGCCAGCUGGCAGGGCCUUUCGUGGCUGGAAGUGGCCAGUUUGGUUCCGGCGCUGACCCCUGGGCCCCAGCGCGGCUGCCUCCCAUGCUGUCUGUCUCCCCCUCUGUUUAUGUCUGCCUUGUGUCUCACACUCAGAGCCUCCUUGCUUCUGUUAGGUUCCCAUGUCUCCUUCUGCCUCACUCUGGGCCUCUUCUUCUUUCUACUCGUACAUUUCCACCUCCCUAGGCCUCUGCUGUCACUGGCCCUCUCUAUCUGUCUCUCAGCCUUUAUCUCUGGGUUUUGAUCCCCUGCUCCAGGCUCUGGGUCCCUUCUUCCCCCUUCCCUCAAACCUGGCUGCUAUACGCAGCAGAACCCUGACCACUGAGUAAUGCAGCCCCAGGGGAGGGAGGAGACCCCAGGCAGGGAGGCUGGGGGCAGCUGUCUUCUCUCCCCAGGACCUCGGCUGGGGAUCACGGGGCCUGCCAGCUUGAGUGUAGAGGGAGAGGGACUCUGCCCCUCUCAGCCCCACCAGCCCCCCUCUGCCCAACCACAAUUUUCCCUUCAUCCGCCUUCCUCUCCCUCUGCUGUUUACACUCCCCAAAUGCGCACAGGCUGUUAUCAUGGGUCCUGAGUCAUCCCACACACAGCCUGCCCCAGCGUCCCUGCCCCCAGCUGGCCACAGGGCCCGCCCCAUGGAGCCCCCUGCCGCCCUGGGCUAAUGGGAGCCAGAUGGCCGCCUGGUGACUCAGCCACCGUGCCUGUGGGAACCCAGGCGUCCCGCCUUCCCAUGCCCCCACACCCAGCUCCUGCUCCCCCAGCAGACACACAUACAGAAGGGCCUGGCCACUGUUGAGGGGGCGCACAGGCCAAGGGUCAGCAAGACGGGGCCUAGGGACUCCUUAUGCCUCUGAGAUGGAAUGGUGGUAUCCUGCCGUGGCUGAGCCUGAAGGACCCUCAAAACUGCCUCCUGGAGCCCACAUUUCCUGACCUCCGAGCCUCAGCUAUGCCCUCUGGGUCAACCAGAAUUAGAGCCAGACAGAGAAAGUGAGAGCUGGACGGAGGCAGACGAGAUGUUCAGAGCAACUAUUAAAGAAUGAAAGCCUCUGCCACCGAGCGCUUCUGUCCUCUGCCAGGCCUGGGCUAAGUGCCUGGCACCAGGCUGGACCCUCAGACAGCCCCGUGAACUAGUGAAAUGGGUCAAGGCAGGCCCGGAAAGAUGUUGCUUCCUCAAGGGCACUCGGCCAUCAGAGGCAGAAAUGAAACAGGAACCCAGGCCUGGAAUCACGAAGGUCCUAGAAACCGCUCAGCUGUCUGGCCUGUCAGGUGUCGGGGCCAUCCAGAGUGGGACAGCACUGGAGGGACAAGUGUGCACGCAGAUGUCCUCAGGAAGGUUUGAGAAGGGUCAGAUGGCGGGCGGGCCUAACAAACGUUCUGUGCUAGCCACUGUCGCGCACACAGACGGGAUCCGGUCAUCUUGAAACAGAGAUCAAUCCCCGAAUCACUGCGCUGUCCCAGCAGUGCUAUGCGCUAGGCACUGUCAGUGUCACUCCUCUGUUUCCCAGAGGACGAAGCAGCAGCUAGACUCCAGGACCUUGGGGUCAUACCUCUCGGAAAGCCAAGAGUGCGAGAUGAGAGCUGUGUGUCUCUCACCUGCCUGUAUUUGUGCCCCAUUUGUAAGAGCAGAGGGCCUGGGCCACAGGAAAGGUGUCAGCCCUUGGUGAUAGGCACAUUUUUGACCAGUGUAUCACUUGGUCAUUAAAUUUGUUUACGAUAUACUUUGCAAUACGUA